AUGGAGGCAUUAGAGAGAAUUCACCCAAAAAGGCAAGUAAUAAUCUUUAUUAUGGUGGUGGUCUUGUCUCAGACUCACUCUGAGCCCAUUCGUUAUUCUGUGCUGGAGGAAACAGAGAGCGGCUCCUUUAUAGCUGAUCUGGUCAGAGACUUGGGCCUGGGAUCUGGGGAGCUGGCAGCCAGGUCUGCCCGGGUGGUCUCUGACGAUGACAAGCAGCGUUUGCAGCUCGACUGUCAGACGGGAGAUUUACUUCUAAGGGAGAAACUAGACCGGGAAGAGCUAUGUGGCCAUAAUGAACCAUGUAUACUGCAUUUCCAAGUUUUCCUAGAAACACCAGUGCAAUUUUUUCAAGGAGAAUUAUUGAUCCAAGACAUAAAUGACCACUCUCCAGUAUUCGCUGAUAAGGAAAUCUUCUUGAACAUACCAGAAAACAGUCGACAAGGGACUCUGUUUCCAUUGAAAUUAGCUCAGGAUUUGGAUGUGGGCAGCAAUGGUCUUCAAAAAUACACAAUCAGUCCCAAUUCUCAUUUUCAUGUUCUUACUCGAAAUCAUAGUGAGGGCAAGAAAUACCCAUAUUUGGUGCAGGACAAAGCACUGGAUCGAGAGGAGCAGCAAGAGUUCAGUUUAACCCUUAUGGCCCUGGAUGGUGGGUCUCCACCAAGGUCUGGGACCGUCAUGGUCCGAAUCCUGAUCAUGGAUGUCAAUGACAAUGCUCCUGAUUUUGUUCAUACGCCAUAUGAGGUGCAGGUCCUGGAAAACAGUCCACUGGGCUUCCCAAUAGUUAGAGUCUUGGCUAAGGAUGCAGAUGCUGGAAACUUUGGAAGUGUUUCCUACAACUUUUUCCAAGCAUCAGACGAAAUUAAACAAACGUUCUCAAUCAAUGAAGUUACAGGAGAAAUCCGACUGAUAAAGAAAUUAGAUUUUGAGAAAAUUAACUCCUAUCUUGUGGAAAUUGAGGCUACCGAUGGGGGAGGCCUUUCUGGGAAAGGUACUGUAAUCAUAGAGGUGGUGGAUGUGAACGACAAUGCCCCGGAACUGACGAUAUCUUCACUCACUUCCCCCAUCCCAGAGAAUGCUCCGGAGACUGUAGUUUCUAUCUUUCGAAUUCGAGAUAGAGAUUCUGGAGACAACGGAAAGAUGAUUUGCUCUAUUCCAGACAACUUGCCAUUUAUUCUAAAACCGACUUUCAAGAAUUUCUACACCCUGAUAACAGAGAGUCCGUUAGACAGAGAGAAAACAGCUGAGUACAACAUCACCAUCACCGUCACUGACUUGGGAUCACCUAGUUUGAAAACUGAGCACAAGAUAACCGUAUUGGUUUCAGACAUCAAUGACAACGCGCCCACGUUCUCCCAAAAUUCCUACACCCUGUUCAUCCGAGAGAACAACAGCCCUGCGUUGCACAUAGGCACUGUCAGCGCCACAGACGCAGACUAUGGCACCAACGCCCAAGUCACCUACUCUCUACUGCAGUCCCACGACCUGCACCUCCCCCUAUCCUCUGUGAUCUCUAUCAACGCAGACAAUGGGUACCUGUUUGCUCUUAGGUCAUUAGAUUACGAGGCCCUGCGAGCGUUCCAGUUUCGCGUGGGCGCGGCAGACGCAGGCACCCCAUCGCUGAGCAGUGAGGCACUGGUACGAGUUGUGAUCGUGGACGACAACGACAACUCGCCCUUCGUGCUGUACCCACUACAAAACAGCUCUAAUCCCUGCUCCGAACUAGUGCCCAGGGCGGCCGAGGCGGGCUAUCUGGUGACUAAGGUGGUGGCUGUGGACGGUGACUCCGGCCAGAACGCCUGGCUGUCCUACCAGCUGCUCAAGGCCACGGAACCCGGACUGUUCAGCGUGUGGGCUCACAACGGCGAGGUGCGCACCGCCAGAUUGCUGAGUGAGCGCGACGGGGCCAAGCACAGACUGGUCGUGUUGGUCAAGGACAAUGGCGAGCCGCCAAUGUCCACCACUGUUGCGCUGCACGUGCUUCUGGUGGACGGCUUCUCACAGCCUUACCUGCCACUUCCGGAGGUGUACCCGGACGAGGCCCAGACAAACUCGCUCACCAUCUACUUGGUCAUUGCGUUGGCGUCUGUUUCAUCACUCUUUCUGUUCUCCAUCCUCCUGUAUGUCGCGAUGCGGCUGUGCAGAAGGAAUAAGGCUGCCUCGGUGGUCCGCUGCUCGGUGCCUACGGGUCACUUUUCUGGUCAUUUGGUGGACGUGAAUGGCACUGGAACUUUGUCCCAAACCUACCAGUACGAAAUAUGUAUGACGGGAGACUCUAGGACCGGUGAGUUCAAAUUUCUGAAGCCCAUAACCCCCAAUCGCUUGGCUCAGGAGACUGGGAGAGAAGUGAAAGAAAACUGUAGGAAUAGCUUUGUGUUCAGUUAA